UUCCACAAUACAGACUCGGCCCUGUUGAUUUGGCGCUCAUGGGGUGGGGGACGCUUCACGUGCAUGGAUUGCAGGAAGCCGCAGAUGUGCGUGUCGACCAGUCAACGGUCGUGAAUGCACUGAACAUAACCAAAAGACAAAAUGUCUAGCAUCACCCGUACUCUAUCAAACCUCAGGAAGAUCGGAUUGAAGGACUUCUGGCAUCAGCUGAACUAUAUCGGUGACACCAAGGCUGGUACUUUGGUGGGGAUUGACAGAUUCGGCAACAAGUACUUCGAGAACAUCGAGGAGCUUCCUUUGCGUGACCGCUGGGUGGAUUACGCUUCGCCAAACUUCGACGCCGCCCAGAUUGAGCCCGGAUGGCACGCCUGGAUGUCCCGCAUCGUCGACGUACCACCAACACAGGACAAGAUGAUGCAGACCGGUGUCCGUAAGUGGGAGAAAGACUUUUUGCCGAACGUUUCGAUGUCGACGGGAAGGUACAAGCCAUACGCAACAGUGAAGCGCAAGUACGAGGCUUGGGAGCCCAAGGUUGCUGAGCGCGUGUAAGAAGGAAGAUGUAGUAUACCUGAAUAAUCCACAUAUAUUUCGCAGUAAAUGCUUGCGUGUACCUUCGUAAAAACGGUCUCUUGACGUUACUGUGCAUGUC